AUGCAAGAGCGCCCUUUGCGUAGAUCCCCUGUUCCGUUUGAGGUUCCGGCAGCUGUGCACAACGGACGGGCCUUCAUGAAAGAGGGAGCCGAGGGCGGAGGCGGCGAUGCAUUCCAGCAGGCUGGUGGAAGAUUGCCCUACCCAGACCCCGAAGAGGUCGCUACGAAUGAGUUUGCAUGGAGACGAGCGGCACUAGGCUUGGUUUUGAUGUUCACCUGCCCCGGUGUGCCCAUGCUGUUGCAGGGCCAGGAGGUGGGUGAUUGCCAGCCAUACUGCUGGCCAAACGGGCCAGCUUUGGACUGGGACCGAGCGAUGGAAACUUCCGGGAUCCCGGCUGCCUGGAAGAUGCUCUGCCAAGAUCUGAUUGCACUGAGGGUGGGGCGAAGUGGCAUACCGUCAGCAAGCCCGCUGCAGGGCGAUGGCAUCCACAUCUUCCACGACCAGGGUGGUGUAUUGGCUUACCUUCGCUGGCACGAAGCCGAGGAGAGCCGAAACAAGAAAACAUGCGGUGUGCGGCUAGCCCUUGUUGUCCUCAACUUCCGCAACCACAACUUCGGCCACUACACCAUCGGCGUGCCACCCUCUCGAAUUUGGCACAUUGCUGCGAGCACUCCCCGCUUGGAGAACAUUCCUGACGACAUCCAGGUGACCCAGCGCUGUCCUACUCACGGAUUUCCGAACUGCCUCGAGGCGCUAUGUGAGGACAUCAUCCGAAAAUCGAUCUCCAUCGACAAUGUCGUCCAGAUCAUGAUGACGGCAAAGGCACACCGGGCGGACGGUCUCAAGGACAUUUGCAUGGCCAGUGUCCAAGACUUCAUCAUCACCAACGAAGAGAAAAUCAAGCCCACUCCAGCGUUCAAGGAGCUGAUCCAGGAGCCCACGCUGAUGUACGAGCUCCUGAUGCGGUGCUGCACCCGGGUGUCCCCCCCGCUACAUCGCACACUAGACUUCCCAGACCUCCAGGGUGCAAUGCUCCAGUAUGGAAGAUGCCUCUUUGAGCUAUUACAGCUAGCGGCUAGAAGUCAUGAAGGGACCCCAGUAGUUGGGAAUAGUCGCAUGAGAUCAGCAGCAGUGAUGACGAGAUAUUCGCCUUGA